ACUUCCUGUCCCACUUCUCGCUGAGCCAAACGACGGGAGAGUUUCAGAACAGACGCCAUCAUGCUGCUCAGAAUUGCCCUGGCAAGCGCCUUACUAUUGGCCGUGACCGCCCAGAGGCAAAUCAAAACCGAGGCUUGCGAUGAAGCCGGGAAGGGCGUGAUCCAGUCGGUAACCGUGACUCCGUGUACCACCGAGCCCUGUCAGCUGAAAAAGGGCGCAGUUGCAUCCUUCGGAUUCAAAUACACCUGUGACCAAGAUAGCGAAUUCGUCCGGCUGCAAGGAACCGCCUCGGGACCCUUCGGGAUCAAAAUCCCCAUCCCAGGUCUCCAAAACGAUUUCUGCAAGGUCGUCGAUUGCCCUGUCCAAAAGGACAAGGUUUAUGAGGGCUCCUUCGACAUGAGGAUCGGCAGAGUUCCCCUGACGAAAACGACUGUAGAAAUGAAGGUUCUCGGAGCUUCCGGUUUGAGCGCUUGCUUCAAGUUUCCCGUGAAGCUCAUCUGAGAGCACCAUCAGGGAGAGUAAAGGAGAAGCUUUCUAGGAAUAAAAUUAUUGCUGUUAAUGCU